AUGGCUACACUUCCACCACGACGAGCUGUACCUCCAGCGCCAACUUCCCAACUUUACUUGCACAAUGCCCCCAGUCGUGUUCCACCCCCACCACCUCCCAGAAAGGCCCCAUCUUUGCCCCCGAGACGCGGCAGUCGCGAUCCUGAGUUAGAAAGAUUACUAAGUCGCAAACCUCCACCACCUCCAAUUGCGAAAUCAGCCCUGCCAGCCCCCCCAGCUCGCCGAUUACCGCCAAUGCCAGCACGAUUGCCAACUCCAGAGCCCGAACCUGAGCCAGAACUCGAAGAAGAAGAAGAGAGUUUGGCGUGUAUUAAAUGCCACGACUGGUCCUUUGUAGAUUCCCAUGCAAGUGGGUUUCCUCGUCAAUCAGUCACUUCCCUCCCUCUUCUAGUUGAGCAACUGACAUCUCCCUGGGACUCUGAGACAGAAAAAGCCCGCGCGAUCUUCUACUGGCUACACUGCAACAUCGUUUACGACGUUGACUCGUUCUUCUCUGGCAACAUCAGCGCCAGCUCCCCAGAGCAGACCCUACGAUCGGGCCUUGCUGUCUGUGAUGGCUAUGCGGGCUUGUUCUCGGAACUAGCAAGCUUGUGUGGAUUGCAAGCCCACAAAGUUACUGGUUUUGGCAAGGGCUACGGCUACCAACCGCUAUCUCCUGGCUCGCAUGCUCCCCCAGAGUCCUCCAACCAUGCUUGGAAUUGUGUUCUUCUCGAUGGCGAGUGGCGGUUGAUAGACGCCUGCUGGGGUGCCGGAGCGUUGAUGAACGGCACAUACAACCAGCGCUUCGCGCCGGUUUGGUUCUACUCUUCCCCCACCGAAUUUGGCCGGCGCCACUUCCCUACGGAUCGGAGCUACCAGCUCAGGUCGGAGGAAGAUGGCGGGCCUGUCUCCUGGGAGGAGUUUAUUCUCGAUACCGACGGCCCCGUGCUCUACGGCGACUUCUACAAUCUCGAAUUUUCGCCAGAUCUGGUCCAGCCCAACGUUGCUGAGAUUCAAGGUCCUGGAUAUGUCAACUUCCAGCUGUUCAAGCAAUGCGAGCACAUGAGUCGCGAGCAGAAAGACAACUACGUCUAUUUUAUCAACCUCCCCGACAACUCAAAGACUACACUCGUCGCUGGCGCGGAAGGCGCAUGGGGCGCCUCGGUUUACAUUCCUCAGGGAAUGAAGGGUGAUGUCUCGUUGAACUACAUCACCUCCUUUGACAACAGAGAUGCGUUGGGCCUCUCGCCACAAACGUUCCAGUCGUCGAUUGGUCGGAAGGCUAUGGCCUGGCAGGGACUGUGCAAGUGGACGCUUGUGUAG